AUGCACACGCGCGAGACGACGACGCGAAAACGUCCUCCUCCGCGCGACAGAUUCGAUAAAAUAAGCCUCGCAACAACCGAAGCCGUAUCGUUCCUCGAAGCGCACGGAGUCGCGAACGAAAGGACUGGACGAGAAAACGCAGCGACGACGGCGUCAAUAAAUGCCGUUGAAAUCAAUUCCCGUGCGAAACAGAUGAAUCAUCGAGAGAAACAAGCAGAGCAAGAAGAACGACGCUGGCGAACGAUGGCAACAACAACAACAUCAAACGUGGCGGAAUCAUUGAAAGUGUCCAAGCUCGAAAUUGAACUCGAGCGACUCGAGGCGCAAGUGCGCGUGAUGAAGAAAGAUGUACGAAUGGCGAGGGCGGACUGCGCAAGAGAAAGGCAAACAGUAGCGCACGAACGAAGGAGAUGUGAAGAGUUGACGAGUUCGAGCGGACAAACGAUGAAAGAAAACGAGGAGUUGAGAAUGGUUUUAGAGAAGACGGAACGCGAACGGGACGAAUUGAAGCGCGAUUUUGUGGAUUUAGGGGACCGGGCGACGGUCAUCGCCAAGCAGAACGAGUACGCGAAGCGAGAGUACGAGAGGUGUAAGAAAGAGGCGGACGAGAUGCGAGCGAAAGCGAAAGAGGAGACGAAGGCGGCAAAGGAGUCCGAGAAAAGAAUGAAAACCGCCGAGAAGAGGAUUAGCGAGAAGUUCGAGGAAGAGAAGGUGCAAAUGGAACGUCGGGCGAUGAAAUGGCGGGACGAAGUGCUGCGCAAAGCGAGUAAAGCGAAGGCGAGUUUAGAAAAGAGAGAGAAAAAUGUAAAACGAAAAGAGGAAAGUCAAGAGUCAAUUGAGCGCAGAGAAAAGGAGAAAUAUGAAGCGAAAGUUCAAAAGAUGCGGAUGGAGUUUGAGCACAGAGCGACGGAGAUUGAACGCGAGGCGAACGAACGAGGCGCGGCGGCGGUUGCCCGAUUCGGCGCGAGAGCCUCGGAAACGGAAGUCGCCGCGGUGGCGGAAGCGCAGUUUGCAAAGGACAAAAUGGACGAGGCCUUGAAAGAGUGCGCCGUGGCUAAAGCGGAAAAGGAAAGUUACGAGAGAAAGAGUAGAGAGGCGGAGCGAGCGAGGAAAGAUAUCGCGGACGCCUUAGAGAAGGAGACGCUGCAGAGAUUAAAGUACCAGGCGGAGUUGGAGGUGUUCAGAGUUCAAAGCGAGCCGUUGAAGGAUGAAAUAGAAAGCGAGAAAGGGAUGAAAGAUGACUUCAAAAAACGUCUCGAGAUGAGCUUACGAAGAAACGUGGAGUUACAAGAGGACGUUGAAACGCUUUCAUCUUCAAAACGUGUAUUGCUCGAUGCCGAAACGCGUUUAAAAGCUGAAAAUAUGCGUUUGAACGCGUUAAUCAAGGAAACGAUAGAAAGCUACAAACAGAAAAUAGAAACGUUGAAAGAGGACGUGAAAGCGUCCAACGAGAAAGCCAUGCAGGCGUGCUUUGACGACGCCAAGAACGCGGUGGAAACGUGUUACCAAGAAUCUAGCGAGUUGAAACGUCGCGUGGAAGAUUUGACUGAGAAACUCGCGGUCGCACAAAACUUUUUACAAACUCGCGAAGAGGAACGCGACGUCGCCACGGAAAGUUUAGAACUAACCAUGCGCGAGCUCGAAGCUAAGACGAGCGAAAUCGAGCAGCUAGAGGAAAGUUUACAAAGUGCGAAGAAUACGACGAAUCAAAUCAGCGCGAGCAUGCAACAGCUCGUUAACGAUUACGACGAGAUGCAGAACGAUUUGGAAGCGGCGGCUUUGAAAAUUAACGAAUUGACGGUGGAGAAUAUUCAGCUGAGCAGUAUGCCACCUUCAACGGAUAAAGGUGUGAACACCACUAGUGACACUGACAACUCGCGGGCGCUCGCAAAGCGCAUGGAAAAGGAGAAAGAGAUCGCCAUCUCCAUCGAAUCCGAACGCGUUCGCGAAAAGUUGCAAAAACUGUUCGACACGAGGACGAAGGCGUUGAACGAGCAAAAUCAAGCGCUUCUUCAAAUAAUGAACGUUAUGAAAUCAAAGGUUGACGCCACGGAGACUAAUUUCAAGGAGGAGUUUGAAAAGCGUAAAGAAGUCGAAGCAGACUUGCAUGCAAAAUCCAAAGAGAUUGAACGGUUGCAAAGCGAGUUAUCCUCUUCCUCGCGAAAGCUUCGGGUGUUGGAAGAUGCACUAAGCGUCGUACCUUCCUCAACCAUAUCGAAAGAGCAACCAUUCUUUGACGCAAAAGAUGAUGAUUACGACGAGAGCAACAUCGACAACGACUUCAAUAACGGGGAAACCUUUUUUAUCCCUUCUGUUCCGAAGAACGGCUCCGAUAUUCGAGCGCUCAUCGCGUCGCCGAAACGCUCCGUAUCGAAAAGGGUUGGAUUUAAUAAAACGAGUCCUUUGAUGCGACCGAACCCUCCACCCGUGAAAAACGAAGGGGCAAAGACGAAUGAUGCCACCAACGCGGAGAGAGGUUUGUGGUAG